GUUAAAUCUCUUUUCCUUCUUCUUCUCCUUCUGUUAGAGAGAGAAGAAACAGAAUCCACUGUACGAAGCAGAAGAAGAUAGCAUAGAGAUAGUUUUAGUUUUGGUGUAGAGAAAAUAAUAAUUUCAUAAUUUCUUUUCCAGAGAAAUGAAAAAAGGAUCAUCAAAAGCAAGAGAUACAAUUAUAAUCUUCAUCAGUUAGGGUUUAUUAGACUUGUUUUUGUGACAGAUUUGUUUGAUAUCAAGGGUUUAUAUGAUAGAUCUGAAGUGAAAACAGAAAAAGAAGAGGGUUUAAAUGGCUGGUUCUUCUUCAGAUGCUACGGUGAAGCUAAAUUGUAAUACUACUAGUCGUGGUGGUGGUGGUGGAGAUAGUAUGAGUUCCGGUGGUGGAGAUAGUAUGGUGAAAAACACUCCUAGUUGUGAAACACCAAGAAGUUAUUCGAAUUUUACAGCAGGAGGAAAAGUUACAGAAGAAGCGCUGUAUACAGAGCUGUGGCACGCUUGUGCUGGUCCUCUUGUGACUGUACCACGUGAAGGAGAAAGAGUUUUCUAUUUUCCUCAAGGUCACAUUGAACAAGUUGAAGCGUCGACAAAUCAGGUGGCAGAUCAGCAAAUGCCGGUUUGUGAUCUACCAUGGAAGAUCCUUUGCCGUGUAAUAAACGUACACUUAAAGGCUGAGCCAGAUACUGAUGAGGUUUUCGCACAAGUGACUUUACUUCCAGAGAGUAACCAAGAUGAGCAUGCAGUGGAGAAAGAGCCAUUACCGCCAGCACCUCCUAGGCCACAUUCACAUUCAUUUUGCAAAACUUUAACAGCCUCCGAUACGAGCACACAUGGUGGAUUCUCUGUGUUGAGACGGCAUGCCGAUGAAUGUUUGCCACCUUUGGAUAUGGGGCGACAACCUCCUACUCAGGAAUUGGUUGCUAAGGAUUUGCAUGGAACUGAGUGGCGAUUCCGUCAUAUAUUUCGGGGUCAGCCGAGAAGACACCUUCUUCAAAGUGGAUGGAGUGUUUUUGUCAGCUCUAAAAGGCUUGUCGCAGGGGAUGCUUUUAUUUUUCUCAGGGGUGAAAAUGGGGAACUACGUGUUGGAGUAAGACGAGCUAUGAGGCAACAAAGUAAUGUCCCAUCUUCAGUUAUAUCUAGUCACAGCAUGCACCUUGGUGUCCUUGCAACUGCGUGGCACGCUGUUUCAACAGGAACCAUGUUUACUGUCUAUUACAAACCAAGGACAAGUCCGGCUGAGUUUAUCGUUCCUUUUGAUCAAUAUAUGGAGUCUGUAAAGAAUAACCAUUCUAUAGGGAUGAGGUUUAAAAUGAGAUUUGAAGGGGAAGAAGCUCCAGAGCAGAGGUUUACAGGCACUAUAGUUGGCAAUGGAGAAUCUGACCCCAACAGGUGGCCGUCAUCUAAAUGGAGAUCUCUUAAGGUGAGGUGGGAUGAGAACUCUUCUAUUCCUCGUCCAGACAGAGUUUCUCCUUGGAAAAUUGAACCAGCAUCGACUCCUGCACCUAAUGCGACUCCUAUGCCGAGGCCAAAGAGACCCCGGUCAAACUUAGUGCCUUCCUCACCUGAAUCCUCAUGUAUUGGUAGGGAAGGUUCAUCAAAAGUUAUGGAGCCUGCAUCUGCAAAUGGUUUUUCGAGGGUCUUGCAAGGUCAAGAAACCUUGAGAGGAACUUUUGGUGAGAGUAAUGAGUCCGAUACUGCCCAAAAGCCUGUUGCAUGGCCCAGGUCUACAGAGGACGAAAAAGCAGACAUGAUAUCUAGAGAAAGAGUGUUUGGGACGGAGAACUGGGCACCACCUGUUAGACACGAGCAUGCUUUUACAGAUCUGCUAUCUGGCUUUCGAUCAUCAAAUGAUUCUCCCCGUCGGUUCUCUACACAUUUAGUUGAUCAAACCCGUGAUAAUAGCUCUUCAAAGAAGCAUAUUCAGGACCAGGAAGUAAAAUUUAACUUUGCUGGAUCGUGGUCCAUGUUGCCUUCAGGCCAUUCAGUAAACAUGCUGGACUCCGGUGUUAAAGUUCCGGCUCAGACUGGUGAAAAUUCGUAUCAGAAUCAGGGGGCUGUCAAAUAUGGUGGGCUGGGCGGGUAUCCUGUAUUGCAAUCUCUUAGGGUUGAGCAGCAGCCUACAAACUGGUUAAUGCCUCUUCUGCCCCCAUCUCAUUCUGGAACUUUACAUCAUCCAAUAGGUGUAAGGCCACAAGUGACUUCGAUGCAACGCGACACAUUAAAACCCAAAAGUGAUGGAAACUGCAAACUCUUUGGUAUUGCGCUAAACAGUAAUCCUGUGGUACCAGAGCCAACUGGGUCUCAUGUGAAUAUGACGCACACGCAGGCAGCUACUAUGCAUCCUAACCCUCAGAUCCCUCAUGCUUUGGAGUCUGAUCAACAGUCGGAGCAAUCAAAGGGUUCAAGGUCGGCUGAUACCACUCCAGUGGGUAUUGAGCAGGAAACAUCUAUUCAAGCUUGUCAACAGCGGUCUGGAGAUGUUCAAAGUCUAGUCCAGGCUAGUUCAAUGAGGAGUUGCACAAAGGUUCACAAACAAGGGAUCGCUCUUGGGAGGUCUGUGGACCUCACCAAAUUCAACAAUUACGAUGAUCUGAUUACAGAGUUAGAUAAGAUGUUCGAAUUUGAUGGUGAACUGAUGGCUCCUAGUAAGAAUUGGCUGGUAGUGUAUACAGAUAACGAGAAUGAUAUGAUGCUUGUUGGUGAUGACCCUUGGAAGGAAUUCUGUAGUAUGGUUCGAAAAAUCUUCAUCUAUACUAAGGAAGAGGUCCAGAGGAUGAACAAAGGGACUCUAAACUCGAAGGGGGAGGAAAGCACAGCUCUUGGAGAGGAAAAAGCCAGUCCAAUAGAAGUCAGGUGCCAGCAGCUUCCUUCGGUAGAGAACUGCUAGGUUUUUUUUGCUAUUUUUUUUUGCUAUUGUCAAUUUGUGUUUAGAACACGGUUUUGGAUCUAUGCUUUCGAAUUAAGCUAAUAUAAUAGCGUUACAUAUAUAGGUAAGAGACUAAGAGCAGUCAGGUACUCUACGUCAUUGUACAUAGAUUUUUUUUUUUUGGUGAAGUUUGUACCGUCACUGUAAUGGGGGGUAUAUCGUUUAAUUUGAUUAUAUGGAAAAAUGAGUCCUGGGAGUCUUUCCCAUGUGGGCAAGUCACUUCGCAUUUAACCAAGUAAAGCAAAUACAGCAUAUGCAGUUGUAUGCUAUAUGGCCCUAUUGCAUGUAAA